AUGGGUUUAAAAUAUUAUUCCAAAGAAAUCGAUAAUUCUAAAAAUUUCUUGCCAUUUUCAUUAAAUACUGACAUACCAUCCUAUGCAAAUACUUCAAUUUCGUAUCAUAAAAAUUAUCAAUGUCCUUCUUCAUUAUCAUCAUCAUCAUCAAAAAUGUCUAUGAUUAAUACACACCCGUAUACUUCUAUUCAAAAUCAUAAUGAUAUUAAUUAUUCAACACAAACUUCAUAUUAUUUUCGAAAUAAUACUUAUGCUAAUAUUUCUAAAUCACAAGUUAAAUCAACAUAUAUAUCAAAUGAAACAAUAUUAAAAAAUCUAACAUCAAUGACAAGUCUAUCUAAUACAGAUAUAGAAAUCGAAUCACAAAUAUUAGAUAAAAAUAAUCAAAUUUAUCAAAAUCUUAAAUUAUGUCCAAAACAAUUAUCAUCUAAAAUUCCUUUCAAAUAUAAUAAAUUAUUAUUACAUCAAAAAUCAUCAAUAGAUAAUAUUAAUCCAUAUUCAUCUUCACAUAACUAUAUGAAUUUACAACAACAAUCAAUUAUUCCAAUAGAUAAAAUAUUAUUAAAAAAAAAUGAUUAUUCAUCAAUAUAUUCAAUAGAAAAUGAAGAUAGUGACAUUGAAAUAAAUUCAAAUCCUAAUACUACAAAAAUUGUUAAAAAACUUGAAGUCAAUUUGGCCCCAAGUUGUUGUGAUAAACGUGUUUUAUAUCGUACAAAGAUGCCUUCAUCAUUUCAUCAACAACAAAAAUUAUUUCUUUCGAAACAUCAUCAUCAACAUAAUAAUAUACAACCUAUUUAUACUAAUCAAAAUUAUCAUACAAUACAACAACAACAACAAAAAACAAAACGAAAUUCAAAUAUUAAUAUUCCACUUCAUCAUCCAAUAAUAACUGAUAAACAAUUAAAACAUUCAUUACAAAUAAAAUCUGUAUCAAAUCAAUUAUAUAAUGAAAUUCAACAAACAAUAUUAAAUGAUAAUCAAUCAUUAGAUAAUAUUUAUAAAGAUAAAGAUUUAUGUGAAUAUCCUACAGAUUUUCAUAAAAUAUUACAAGAUCAAAUUUUUGCAUGGUAUCCAACAGAAAAUUAUAAUGAAGAUGAUUUAAUACCACAAACACAUUCAAUAUUAGAAAAUGAACAAUCAGAUAAACAAGAUGAUAUAACUAAUUUAGAUGAAGAAGAAUUUUGUCAACAUGAUACAUUUGAAGAUUUUUUUCUUCGACGUCGUCCAAAAUCAUCAUGUUCAACAUUAGCAACAGCUACUAAAACUAUUAUAUCUGAUACAAUUUCUCAUGAUAUAUCUUCUAAACCUUCAUUAUUAAAUCGACGUUUUCCUAGUAUUGCUUUAGGUUUAGAUAAAACAGAUGUUAAAUUUAUUCAUGAUAUAAUUGAACGUUCACAUGGUGAUAAUCGUGUAUCAAAUCGUAUAACAGCACUUCGAGAAGCAUAUAUUCGAGCAAUAAAUAAAAAACUUAAUUUAAUUAAAACAAAAAAUAAUUCUUUAAUAGAUGAAAAUAAAAAAAAACAACAUAUUAAAACAAUAAAACAUUCAUAUGUUACUUCAAAAAUUCGUAAUGAACUUGAAAAAUAUGAUGAAUUACCUAUUCAUCAAAGAAUUACGUUUUCUGAUGAUGAUGAUGAUACAUAUUCAAUAAAUUAUCAAUAUCAAAAACAUCAUUGUACAAUACCUAUUAUUGUUUCAACAACACAUCGUAUAUUAAAUUUUGUUUCAUCAUUAAAACAACAAUUACAAGAAUAUAUUCAUCAUCUUCGUUCAAGAAUUCUUAUUGAAACUACGGCAAAAUCACCAAAUCAUGGAUUACGACGUAGACGUAGAUUUCAUCAUGAUUUAUCAGGUCAAUCUCAUCGACAUGUAUCACGACAAAAACCAAUACAUAAUGUUGUUCGUCAUUCAAAAGAACAUUCUCAUGGUAUUCAUCGACGUCAACAAUUAUGUCGUACUCAUUCAAAUCGAUCUCAAUUACAACAUCAACUACCAUCUGAUGAACAACAUUCAUCACAUAGACGACGAACAUUUCGAAUCAUUCCUGAUCAAUAA